GGAACCCCCUGCAAUUUGCUUGAAAUGGUCUUAAGUACGAAUAACGAAAGGGACGGAUCCAAGCUUCAUGAUAUCCAACCCUGUAUCCCAAGUCGAAACUGUGAUAUAAAAGAAGGCCGCGGCAGGUAAACAAAUUCAUCUUCUACUUCUACUUCCUUCCUCAUGUCUCGUAACAUUGAACCUCUGGUGAAACCGGUCAUUCCACCGUUCCCCUUGGAUGAUUCAUUGUAUUAUCUAGAAUCUGAGGAGAUUGCCUUCUUCAGGAGACAGACUAACAUUCAAGAUGAAGUAGCCUUGAAGACACAUAUAAUUGAUAUACAGAAGGAAGCAUACAAGGUAGCACCAUAUGCUUGUAUCCGAAGCUUUGAUUUCUUGCACCCAAACUUAUCGAAACUACAUGUUUACGACCACAUUUUGAAGCGCGGUGCUGAAGGCGCAAUCUUACUCGAUAUCGGUUCUUGUCUUGGUGCCGACGUUAGGAAGGCAGUUGAAGAUGGGUUUCCGGCCCAUAAUAUCAUCGCCUCUGACAUCAAAGAAGCAUUUUCCGAGUUGGGACGCAAGCUCUUUAAAGCGAGCUCAGAGCCAGGUUGUUUUAUACCUGGCGACGUAUUUGACCCCGCAUUUUUAUCGAUAUCGCGGCCAGCCAGCUCUGUCCCAGAGGGCGCGAUGCCGGACAUUCAGACGCUGCAGUCAUUAAACGACCUUCGUGGUCGUGUCGGUGUCAUCCACGCUUCUAAGCUAUUCCAUCUAUUCGACGAGGAGAAGCAACUUCAACUUGCUCGCGCCUUGGGAGGCUUGCUAUCCUGCGAACCUGGCUCCAUAAUCUGCGGCACUCACGCAAUUGCAUUGACAUCGGAGAAGGGCAUCGUUCGUCACACGGUGCUAGGCGUCGAUAUCACUUACUUCUGCCACUCCCCGGAAUCUUGGGAUUGUUUGUGGGAUGGUGUCGUGUUUGAAAAGGGCCAGGUAAAGGUCGAGACAAGAACAUCAACCAUUGAUAUGGGAGGAAUCCCUUUCCGUCUUUUACAUUGGUCUGUUACGAGACUCUGAAGGCAGAUUUUGUCCAUUCACGGAAGAGCAUAAUCAUUUACAUAAGUACCGAGUCGGAUCAGUCUGGGUUACCUUCUACUGGCUACUAGUAGCUACCCAACAAUUGCUAGAAACAGCA